GUUCUGCUGAUGGUAAAGCGGCCAGUUUUAGGAAGUUGGUUAGUUUCUGUCCAUGUGCGCCUGUAGCACAGCGGGUACCACUCCGCAGCGCUGCAGGUUCUAGAAUGAGCUAUUAGGAAGGACGACCCCAGAAGAGUGGAAAACAUGACUCUUCACUUUUUGCUUCUGACCUGCCUUUUCCUGCUAAUCUCUGAUUCCUGUGAGUUCUUCGCUGAAGCAAAUUAUUCUAGAAGCUAUCCUUGCGAUGAGACAAAACGAAAUGGCUCCGUUAUUGCAGAAUGUAACAAUCGUCGAUUACAUGAGGUACCCCAAACAGUGGACAAAAGUGUGACAGAACUAGACCUAUCUGGUAAUUUCAUCAGACGCAUAACAAAUGAAUCAUUUCAAGGGCUGCAAAAUCUGACUAAGAUCGAUCUAAACCAUAACGUCAAGCUGUGGCCCCAGAAUGAAAAUCCUGCUGUAAAGAAUGGUAUGACUAUUACAGACGGGGCAUUUCUCAACCUAAAAAACCUAAGGGAGUUACUGCUUGAAGACAACCAGUUACAAGAAGUACCGGCUGGUUUGCCAAAAUCUUUGAAAGAACUUAGUCUAAUUCAAAAUAGAAUAACUGUGUUAACGAAAAAGAACACUUCUGGACUUAGGAAUCUGGAAAGUCUCUAUUUGGGCUGGAACUGUUACUUUGCUUGUAAUGAAACCUUUGCCGUAGAAGAUGGAACCUUUGAAAACCUUACCAAGUUGAAGGUGCUGUCAUUAUCUUUUAAUCCCCUUUUCCACGUGCCACCCAAACUGCCAAGCUCCCUAACAGAGCUCUAUCUUAGCAACACCAAGAUCAAAAACAUCAGUCAAGAAGACUUCAAGGGACUGAGAAAUUUAAAAGUACUAGAUUUAAGUGGGAACUGCCCGAGAUGUUUUAACGCGCCAUUUCCCUGCAUACCUUGCAAAGGAGGUGCUUCAAUUCAGAUACAUCCUCUUGCUUUUCAAACCCUGACCCAACUUCGCUACCUAAACCUCUCUAGCACUUCGCUCCGGAAGGUUCCUGCGACCUGGUUUGACAACAUGCAUCAUCUAAAGGUGCUGCAUCUCGAAUUCAACUAUUUAAUGGACGAAAUAGCCUCUGGGGAAUUUUUGGCAAAACUGCCCUCCUUAGAAAUACUUGACUUAUCUUACAACUACGAGCUGAAAAAAUAUCCACAGUACAUUAAUAUUUCUCAAAAAUUUUCAAAGCUUACAUCUCUCCAGAUAUUGCAUUUAAGAGGUUAUGUGUUCCAGGAACUUAGAAACGAAGAUUUCCAGCCCCUGAGGAACCUCUCAAAUUUAAUGGCUAUCAACUUGGGCGUUAAUUUUAUUAAGCAAAUUGAUUUUACCGUUUUCCAGUCGUUCUCCAACCUGAAAAUCAUUUACUUGUCCGAAAACAGAAUAUCACCCUUGGUCAGUGAUACCGAGCAACAAAAUGCAAAUGGCUCCUCUUUCCAAAGGCAUAUCCUUAAGCCACGGUCAGCAGUUACUGAGUUUGACCCACAUUCGAAUUUUUAUCAUGACACCAAUCCUUUGAUAAAGCCACAAUGUUCCAAUUACGGCAAAGCCUUAGAUUUAAGCUUGAACAGUAUUUUCUUUAUUGGGAUAAAGCAAUUUGAAGGUUUUAGGAACAUUUCCUGUUUAAAUCUGUCUUCAAAUGGCAACGGUCAAGCGUUAAAUGGAACUGAGUUUUCACUUUUGCGUGGUAUCAAGUAUUUGGACUUGACAAACAACAGACUAGACUUUGACGAUGACGCUGCUUUCAGCGAAUUGCCAUUGUUAGAAGUUCUAGAUCUGAGCUACAAUGCGCACUACUUCCGAAUAGCAGGGGUAACACACCGUCUAGGAUUUAUUCAAAAUUUAACUCAGCUGAAAGUUUUAAACUUGAGCUACAAUAGUAUUUUUACUUUAACAGAACCAUACCUGAAAAGCAUGUCCCUGGAAGAAUUAGUUUUCAGUGGAAACCGCCUUGACCUUUUGUGGAAUGCUCAAGAUGUCAGGUACUGGCAAAUUUUUAAAUAUCUCAGCAAUCUGACACGGCUUCAUUUAGCCUCUAAUAACCUUCAGCGUAUCCCCGAUGAAGCCUUCCUUAACUUGCCCCGGAGUCUCACCGAACUAUAUAUAAAUGAUAAUAGGUUAAAUUUCUUUAACUGGUCAUUACUGCAGCAGUUUCCUCAUCUCUGCUUGCUUGACUUAAGUGGGAACGAGCUGUUCUUUGUAACUGACAGCCUAUCGAAAUUCACAUCUUCUCUUGAGACACUGCUCCUGGGUCAAAACAGGAUUUCCCACCUGCCGUCCGGCUUUCUUUCCGAAGCCAGCAGUCUGACACACCUCGAUUUAAGUGCCAACCAGCUCAAGAUGAUCAACAAAUCCACGUUUGAAACUAAGACCGCCAUCAAGUUAGCCAUUUUGGAACUAGGUAGAAACCCUUUUGACUGUACCUGUGACAUCGGAGAUUUUCGAGAAUGGAUGGAUGGGAAUCUGAACGUCACAAUUCCCAGAUUGACAGAUGUCAUUUGCGCCAGUCCUGGGGAUCAACAAGGCAAGAGUAUUGUGAGUCUAGAGCUCACAACUUGUGUUUCAGAUACCAUUGCGGCAAUAUUCUGUUUCUUCACCUUUUUUGUCACCAUCUCAGUUAUGCUGGCUGCCCUGGCUCAUCAUUGGUUUUACUGGGAUGCUUGGUUUCUCUAUCAUGUGUGCUUAGCUAAGGUAAAAGGCUACAGGUCUCUUUCCACAUCCCAGACUUUCUACGAUGCUUAUGUUUCUUAUGACACCAAAGAUGCCUCUGUCACGGACUGGGUGAUCAAUGAGCUGCGCUUCCACCUGGAAGAGAGUGAGGACAAAAAUGUGCUCCUCUGUUUAGAGGAAAGGGAUUGGGACCCGGGACUCGCCAUCAUCGACAACCUCAUGCAGAGCAUCAACCAAAGCAGGAAAACAAUAUUUGUUCUAACCAAAAAGUAUGCCAAAAACUGGAACUUUAAAACAGCUUUCUACUUGGCCUUGCAGAGGCUAAUCGAUGAGAAUAUGGAUGUGAUUGUCUUUAUUCUGCUGGAGCCAGUGUUGCAGCAUUCGCAGUAUUUGAGGCUGCGGCAGAGGAUCUGCAAGAGCUCCAUCCUCCAGUGGCCCGACAACCCCAAGGCGGAAGGCUUGUUUUGGCAGAGUCUGAAAAAUGUCGUCUUAACUGCAAAUGAUUCACGGUAUAACAAUUUGUAUGUCGAUUCCAUUAAGCAGUACUAACUGAUGUUAAGUCUGGGUUCACCAACAUACUAAGAAUGCACAGCAGUGACCCUUCUGUCUUAGCUAUCACUUGGUGUGUAACAAAUUACCCCCAAACUUAAUGGCUUAAAAUGAUACAAUUUGUUAUAUCAUAGUCUCUGGAUCAGGAGUCCAGGCGUGGCUUAUCGCUGGGUCCUCUGCUCAGGGCCUCUCAAAGGCUGUAAUCGCCGUGUCAGCCAGGGCCACAGGCAUCUGCUAGGGUUAGCGUCCACUUCUGAGCUCACACUCAUGUGGUGGUUUUCAGGGUUGAGUUCUUCCUGGGCUGUUGGCCCAAGGCUGCCCUCAGUUCCCGGCCAUGUGGACUCCUUGCUGUGGCAGCUUGCUUCAUCAAAGCCAACAAGAGAGAGAGAUUGCUGACACCGUGGAAGUCGCCAUCUUUGUAGUCUAAUCAGGGAAGUGAUAACCCAUCACCUUGGCCAUAGUCUGCUUGUUAGAGUUAAAUCACCGGCCCUGCCAGCUCCAUGGGAGUGAUCACCUCAGUCCUGGAAAAGUGGUCCAUGACCGAGAUGGGCGGUUGUGAUAGCCUUGCUCAGCCUGCCAUCUUGGUCAUAAAUGGUGAAUGCCAGGAGAGGGGACCAUUGUGGCCAUCUUAGCAGUUGGCCUACUAUACCUUCAUUUCAAUAUCUCAGAACUUUUGCAACUAUGAUACUUCUGAUGUUAAGUUGCUAUUUAGAUUUAUCAUAUAUCCAUGGCCAUGUGGUUAUAUUACGCUGUGUUUGCAUUAGUCCUUCUUUUACAAUUACUUUUAUAAAUACUGGCUAUAAUAUUUCACUUCUAAGGUUUAGAUGCCAUUUAAAGGCUAAGAUGGAUGGUAUUUAAAGUGUUUUGCUUUUGUUUUUUUUACUUCUUAACCAUUUUAUAAAAGUGUGUAGCUAAAUUAGAAGCAUUUGGAGUAUCUGUCAAUUGCUAUUGCUGUAAAUCAUGAUAUUAAUGAUUAAAGUGCUUCAUUUCACAUCAUGAGCAUAUAAUAAAUACACAGUAGGGAAACAGAUCUAUAAUAUAAAAUAAGUUACCUAAAUGUCCAUUGACAGAUGAAUGGAUAAAGAAGAUGUAGUACAUAUAUACAGUGGAAUACUACUCAGCCAUAAAAAAAGAACGAAAUAACACCAUUUGCAGCAACAUGGACGCACCUGGAGAUUAUCAUACUACGUGAAGUAAGUCAGAAAGAGAAAGAUAAAUACCAUAUGGUAUCACUUAUAUGUGGAAUCUAAAAUAUGACACAAAGGAACCUAUCUACGAAGCAGAAACAGACUCAUGGACAGAGAACAGACUUGGUUGCCAAGGGGGAAGGGGAGGGACUGGGAGUUUGGGGUUAGUAGAUGCAAACUAUUCCAUAUAGAAUAGAUGGACAACAAGGUCCUACUGUACAGCACAGAGAACUAUAUUCAGUGUCCUGGGAUAAACCAUAAUGGAAAAGAAUACUAAAAAAGAAUGUAUAUAUAACUGUCACUUUGCUGUACAGCAGAAAUUAACACAACAUUGCAAAUCAACUAUAAUUUAAAAAAUAAAUAAAAGCCCGGGGGAUUAAAAAAUAAAAUAAAAUACCAUCAACACUGGGUUUUUGGAGAAUACUUAGGAAGAAAAAGCUUUGGUAGAAAUCAAAGGGAGAACAGUUUUCAUAAAGUUUGUACAUUAAGAUAAUUAUUAACAGAGAAAUUCUAUCUUUAGUUCCUACUCAGAAGACGUAAUGUCAGAAUGCCUACCUGUCGGUACCCUUUAUGCAGUUCUGCCACAUGUAACAAUGUUGGCAUUCCCUACCACCUCUGCUACCCCUUGGUUCCUCUGCAUCUGUCCAUAGCAUCUUCUAUCCAGUGUAGUAUGAAUCUUGAAGAGGUACCUUAUGAACUUGAACUGAAAAUAACUGGAAAUUAUUCGAGCGUAAGAAAGUAAAGUCCCUUUAGAAUGAAAAGAAGAAAAAUCUCCAGUGCACCUUACUACCUUAAGUACAGUCUCUUAAUUAAUCUUGCAGCAUGAGUUACCUUUAAAUAUGAGUUUCUAAGGAACUGAACGAAAUGAUGUGUCUUAGUGUAACAUGGACAAAGUGGAAAUCAGUCAAGGACGAUUUUAGCUUUGUCACGUUGAACCCUGUUCUGUGCCCAUGAUGUUAAUAGAAAGGUAUUUAUGCUUGCAUUUGUUGAGGCAUGAAGACAAAUAUCUAAAAGCAGGACCAUUCAUGGUGGGGUGCAGUUACAGCUCGUUCCUGUGGAUGCCACAUUAACUUGUUGUCUGGUAGAAGCUCAUUCCUGUGUUCUUUGAUUGUUUUGGUAAAAUAAAAAUGUACAUGUUUUCAGUGGUAGUGAUUACAGGUCUAUGUUAAGCUCACAUACUUUGGCAGUGUCCUGUUGACAGAAUGACAAGUUAAUGAAAGUCACAAACAAUUUUACCUUUUCCUUAGCAAACAUCUUCAUAAAGUGAAGGUAGUGAAAUCAAUGGUUAAUAAAAACAUUUGUUCUUGAAACUCAUUCAUUCCUCAUUUAAGAUACCAUUAUGGAAAAAUCAGAACUGUAAUUUUGUUGGUUGGUUGGUUGGUUUUGUUAUGUUUUGCGGGAGAAGGAAGGAUUAUCACUUGCAGCAAGUAAGGAGAGCACCGGGGAUCUUUGCCGAAGCGGUGUCUCCCAGACCUCUAAUUUGUUAAAGAGAAAGCAUUGUUUUGUUUUCUGUUAUUUUUAAAUGAAUAUAUGAUAAUACCCAUAUACAAGCUUUUAAAAAUUCAAAUUUUACAAAGGGAUGUAUGAUUAAAUUUCAGUCUCCCUCCCAACACAACUUCGCUUCCUAGAGCCAAUCACUGUUAAAAGUUCUUAUGUAGGGCUUCCCUGGUGGCACAGUGAUUGAGAGUCCGCCUGCCGAUGCAGGGGACACGGGUUCGUGCCCCGGUCCGGGAAGAUCCCACAUGCCGCAGAGCGGCUGGGCCCGAGAGCCAUGGCCGCUGAGCCUGCGCGUCCGGAGCCUGUGCUCCGCAACGGGAGAGGGCACUCAGUGAGAGGCCCGCGUACCGCGAAAAAAAAAAAAUAGUUCUUAUGUAUCCUUUUGUAUUAUAAGUGUAAAGGCUCAGUUGCUGUAACCAAGAGAUCCAACAAUACUGAAGUUUAUUUCUUUAUCCCAUACGCUAUGGCCUGAAUGUUUGUGUCCUCCCAAAAUUCACAUGUUGAAACCUAACCCCCAAGGUGAUGGUGUUAGGAGGUUGGACCUUUGGGAGGCGAUUAGGUCAUGAGAGCAGAUCCGUCAUGAAUGUGAUUAGUGCCCUUAUAAAAGUGGUCCAAGAACCCUCCCUUGCCCCUUCCACCAUGUGACGGUACAGCAAAAAGAUAGCUACCUAGGAAGCGUGCUCUCACCAGACACUGAAUCUGCCAGUGCCAUGAUCUUGGACUUCCCAGCCUCCAGAAUUUUGAGAAAUAAAUGUUUGUUGUUUAUAAGCCA